UCGAGACUGGACCGGUACAUGCAAUUGUAAGAGAGACCCAUGAGCUUAUCAAACUCAUCACCGUCUAAAAGUACGACCGAUUUAUUUGUAACAAUUGUCUGACAAUAUUUUUUAGGAACGUUUAAUCAAUUUUUAGAUCUAAAAGUGAUGCUGAUCUGCUGGCGAAUAUUUCGCGAAAUUCCUCUUUCCCCUGAUCAGAAAUUCAAUCUGACGGUGUGGGGAUAAAAAAUAUCAUCAAAUGGAGAAAAAGAUAAAGGAAAGUAAGGGAUAAAUGUAGUCUUGAGUUUCAAGUGGAUGAGCUGUAAUGCUCUCAACCGAUCAACUCGCGCAAUGUGAAUGAUUGAGUGGAACGUAUCGCAUCGAUGAAUGACACCAUGUGUUCUUGGCAUGGUUGAAAUGCGAUCGAACGCCGAUUAAAUUGUGUGAUAAUAUAUAUGUAUAUAUUGAUAUACAUAUAUCUACAUAGUGUGAUAAAUAGUAGAGUGUGUAGUAUAACCUCCCAAGUAUCUGGUGGAAUGUCACGUGGAAGCCUUGUCCGAGAUGCUUCACUGAGAUUUGUAUUUAUCAGUAAUUCAUUAUUUCCAUCCGCAUUUUUACUUACUCUGGAUUACUUACAUAUCUGCAUUAAUUAAAGAAUUGUUAUUUAUUUGUUGUUUUGUUGGUAUUGAAAAAUUUCACGGUCACUUUAAAAAAUAGUUCAAGUCCCCUUUUUUAUAUUAUUGACACAAGUGUAGUGACAGUUUUAUGAUGUCGUGUAGCAAAUAUAGUGAAUACUGUCCAGUGUGUUUUUUAAAUCUGGAAUUUUAAUCAUUUUGUGAUCAGAUUUAAAUAAUUCAUAUCGGAUACGCAGUGUCACGUUUCUUUCAAGUUAAAGACUUGAUCGAUAACUCAACCUUAAAAUCAAUUGUCUGACUCACUUAUUAUCUGCUUCUUUUCUUCAAGAUAGUAGAACAACUACUCAGAAGAUUCCACAACAUUAUUCGGAUAAGGAUCACGCGUAGUCGAAGCUAGAGGCCUCACCAUGGAGUGCGGCAAGGGUCGGCGGAGAGGCCUUCUUGGCGGAUUUAUCCUUGCCUGGCUCUUCAUCAGCGAUUGUAUCCUCGCCGCGAGAGAUGGAGAACGUUAUGAAACAGCUUAUGAAUGUGAAGGAAAAACUUUAAGGUUAGAAUGCGGCGAGGGCGAAUUAAUACAUCUGAUAAGAGCAAAUUAUGGAAGGUUUUCUAUUACAAUAUGUAAUGAACAUGGCAACACAGAUUGGAGCGUCAAUUGCAUGUCUCAAAAGUCCUUCAGAGUUCUUCAUAGCAGGUGCCAACAAAAACAGAAUUGCAGCAUCAUUGCAUCACCAUUACAUUUUGGCGAUCCUUGUCCAAGUACUCUCAAAUAUCUCGAAGCGCAUUAUAAAUGUGUAUCUGCUGCAACAACAACAACGACUUCUAGACCAAGUCCACCAUGGUUAAUAACUUCUCAACCGAGUGUAUGGACUACAGCAAGUCCUAGUGUAAGGCCACCAUCUAGAGUAUCAAGUUCUCCUGCUCAGCUGCCAGUGGUAACCACCCCCAGUCCGUCCGUAACAACCCCAUUCGAGCUAUCGAGCACUUUUAGAACUGUCGUUGUGGAUGAAACUGAGGAUGAGGUUCGAAGUGGAUUAAAUCCCGCGUCGAAAGGAAAUGUUAGUCCUUUAGCACCUGUUAUUCCAGAAACUACUGAGUCAGCAACAGAAAGUAAUUUCAUUUCAUGGAAAACAACUCGACGGCCGAUAGUAUCGACAAUUUCACCGUAUUCUGAAUAUAAUCCAAAUAGUAAAUGGAAUGACUAUAAUCGUCAAAUUUGUCCACCCACGGUAGCAAGACAUCUCACCUGGAAUGCAACUAGAGCAGGUGACAUUGCAGUGCAAAGUUGUCCCGGUGGAGCAAAUGGUUUAGCAAAGUGGAGAUGUAUAGCUAGUGAAGAUUCAGCUGUUUGGUAUCGUGAUACUCCAGAUUUAAGCGAGUGUCGAUCCCUAUGGCUUACAACCUUAGAGAAUCGAGUGAGCGAGGGUGACACAAUUUUAGGAAUUAACAGUGAACUAUCUCUUAUUACUGACAAUAGUCGAAUUCUUUAUGGCGGUGAUAUGAUGAUUACUACAAAAAUUAUUAAGAACAUGGCAGAGAAAAUGAGCCAAGACAUAAAAAAUUAUCAGGAUCCACGUCAGAGAGAAGUGAGUGUUACUGAGUUACUCCAAGGAGUCGUUAAAACAGGAAGUAAUCUUCUUGACAAAGUUCAAAUGGCGUCUUGGAAGGACCUGAGUCAUCAGGAGCAAAUGAAUGUUGCUACAUCAUUACUCAUUGGCCUCGAAGAAAAUGCUUUUCUCCUUGCUGAUACCCUUCAUCAUCAAAAAACUAUUCUACAAGAAGGCAAAAAUAUAUUAAUGGAAGUCCGAGUAUUAGAAACAAGAAAUCUCGUCAGCAACGUUGAAGUAUUUCCAUUGGAAGCCGCACAAGAACGAUGGACAGCCUCAAACGACCAUGUGGAAAUUACAAAACAAUCGUUGCUAGAAAACAGUGUUGAUGGUAUCAUACGACUAGUUUUUAUGGCUUUCGACCGACUGGAAGAAAUAUUACAACCUCAAAUCAAAGAGACUUUUGUCGUUCUAAACGAAGAAAUAAAAUCAUCGCGCAAUAUCAGCAAUAGAAUACUCAACAGCAAAGUUAUCUCCGCAUCUCUUGGAAAAGGUCGACACAUUCAACUCUCUGAACCCGUUCGAAUCUAUUUCGAGCAUCUUACUGUUGAAAAUGUAACAAACCCGACUUGCGUAUUCUGGGAUUACAUAAUGAGUGCUUGGUCAGAAGAAGGCUGUCGUAUGAGUAAAACGAAUGACACUCAUACGGUCUGUGAGUGCAAUCACCUUACAAACUUUGCUGUGCUGAUGGACGUACAUGCUGUAAAACUGGACAUAGCACAUCAAGUCGCUCUGCAAAUCAUCACGUAUAUCGGCUGCAUCAUCUCGGUGGUCUGCCUCGUUUUAGCUAUCAUGACAUUUCAACUGUUUCGUGGACUUAAGUCUGACCGGACGACUAUUCAUAAGAAUCUUUGUGUCUGUUUACUUAUCGCUGAAGUUUUGUUUGUCUGUGGCAUCGGACAAACUGACCAGAGAAUAGUCUGUGGAGUAGUUGCUGGUCUUCUUCACUUCUUCUUUCUCUGUGCAUUUGCCUGGAUGUUUCUUGAAGGCUUUCAGUUGUACGUCAUGUUAAUAGAAGUAUUUGAAGCUGAAAAGUCUCGACUACGCUGGUACUAUCUAAUUGCUUAUGGAGGUCCUUUGUUAGUUGUUGCAAUUUCGUGUAUUAUCGAUCCACUAAGUUAUGGCACUGAUCGAUAUUGCUGGCUUCGAGCAGACAACUACUUCAUCUUUAGCUUCGUGGGACCUGUUAUACUCGUUAUACUGGCUAAUCUUGUAUUUUUGUCGAUGGCAAUUUAUAUGAUGUGUCGGCAUGCAAAUACCACAGUUUCGAUGAAGAGCAAAGAACAUUCACGACUUGCAAGCGCAAGUGGAAAGGAAGAAAAUGCUCUUCCCAACAAAUUGCAAGCGCACUUGGCAUGGCUAAGGGGAGCAAUCGUUUUAGUAUUCCUGUUAGGAUUGACAUGGACAUUUGGACUACUUUAUUUAAAUCAAGAAUCUGUCGUAAUGGCAUAUAUAUUCACUGUCUUAAAUAGUCUUCAAGGGCUAUUCAUAUUUGUGUUCCAUUGCGUUCAAAAUGAGAAGGUGAGAAAGGAGUAUCGGAAAUUCAUUCGACGUCAUUCGUGGUUACCAAAGUGUUUAAGAUGUUCAAAGACAGUAACUGGAAGUUCAGGAGGUUCUUCUGGAACAAGUGGUGCUACUGCUGGUGUGAACGGAGGCAAAGAUUUUCCAUCACAUAAUACUUCUUCAAAUCCGUCAGCACCAACGACCGACAGCUCUGGGCUCUCACCUCAUGCUGCUACCAAUUACUUGAUGUCUGGACGAGGGUGGCCAAACAAUGAUAGACAACCUGCAGCCGUGGCUGCAGUACCUCGCGAGACUGCAUCAACGGAUGCUUCCGCAGUGGCAACUUUGCCACACACUCGUCACGCCUUCUUUCCAUCAGCUCCUAAUAUCCCAAAAUCUGCAACCGCCACUUGGGGACCUAUUAACAAAAACCUCGGGUGGAAGAACAUUUCUUUUAAAUCUUAUUCACGUGAUUCGGGUCAUGGCGGUUCAGAGCAAGAGGAAUCACCAAGGACUCACAACACGAUGACAUUAGGCCAUUCUGCAAGAACGCGGGAUCGACGACAGAUAAACGAUAGCUUAGAGAUUGGGAGCAAUCGACCGUCUGGACGAAGAGCUACUUCUCCAUACAAUCACACGUACACGGAGAUUAGAGAUGGAAGCAGAGUUGGAUCUGCCUAUCACCAGAAUCAUGGGACACACGUGCACUUAUCACGAGGAAUAGUCGGUGAGGAUGAUCCGGUUUACGAGGAAAUCGAACGUGGAAAUGGUGGCAAUACUGGUGAGAUUCAAGUAUCUGACAUGUCCGACGAAGAUGGUAGAAGACAAAGUGACAUGAGCAGACAAUCUUCUCGAAGCUAUGGUGAUCAUCGACCGCUCAUCCCGUAUUCUCCUGCUAAUGAUCGUAAUUUAAUCCAUUACGGUCAAUCUAUUGAUCGAAAUGUUCUUCAAUAUGAACCUUCUCAAUAUUCUCCAGCUCAAGAAAGAACUCUUAACGCGUGCUGGGAAAAAUUGAGAAGACAACAAGCUAAAUAUGAACUUGGAGAGAUGAAUCGUUUGCCGAAUAAUUAUGGUAUUUCACAACAAGACCACACGAGAACUGUUGCAGUCCUUGAUGGACAUACAGUUGUGUGUCAUCUUCAACCACAGACUGACAUGUAUACUGGCCGAGGGAUGCCACCGCCAUCCUAUAGCGAGUGUUAAAAUUGUGAAUCGUGAUAUAAAAGAUAUUUAAUCAUACUAUUAUCGAUAUUAAAUAUUAAUUCAUUAAUAAAACAUUAAUUGAGGACGUCCUACCUCGGGCAUCGACGUUUCUGUCCAGCUCAAUAUACUACAACAGCCACUUUGCAGUGAAAACAUUUUUUUUUUAAUUUUCGCAGGUCGAAAUCUGCAGAAAACUGACUUCGAAUAUUCUUGGGAUCAGCCCGAAUUUUUAGUGACUGAAUAUUAGUGUUGAUAAUUGCAUUAAAGGAUGUAGAUGUCUACAUCUAGCUCUAGUUACAAGAGACGAUUUAACUAAUUAAUUGUAAUCUAAUAAAUUGUUGUAUAAAAGUAUGACGUGUAUGGGCGAUGUGGAAAAAUA